AACAAACUUCAAAGUCAAUUUCAAAAACACCAUGUGGAUUUGAACAUGUGAUAAAUUGAAUUUUAUUGUGAUUUUAAUUUAAUAAUAGUUUUGUAAUACUUACAAAGUGCUAUGGAUUACGUGGUUGGCAGCGUCGCGGCUCUAUUAUCAGGCAAUGUCACUCCCAAUCGUCCUAAACCCUUAAAAAUAGCGCAAACACCGAUAAAACACCAACCAUCUCCAAACGUUACGCCGAAAUGCGAAUACCUGGAAGACCGCUCUAUAUUUCUGUCACCAACCAUGCAAAAGAAGAAGGCGAUCGCUAAGAAAUCACCCAAGCGAAUAUUUCAGAAUCCAGAUGUUGACGUCACUAACGGAGAAGAUGAGGAAUCUAGUCCGGUAAGUCCUAAGGCUGAGAAGGUUAAAAAACACCUAAAAAACGAUUUAGACGGCAACCCUACGAAUCCAGCGAUCUCGCCGAGUCAAGAAACUCAGAAAAACAACGGCAAAUCGCCUAAGAAGGGAAAUAAAAAGAGAUUAAGCGAUAAUUUGAAUGUAACUUCACCAAAGAAGAAACAGCGGCUAUCAGAAACUGGGAAUGAUGAAGAAAACAAUAUAUCGACCUCUGGGAACAGUCCAGAAAAGCAAAUGGUUAAAAAUAAAAGUAAGAAAAAAGGUAAUGUUGCUAAAACUGGCAAUAUACAUUCACAUAAUACAUUUACUGUCGAACCAAUAAACAGUAUUGAAGACAUCACCAUUGUUACCACAAAUUUAAGCCCACAAAAGAAGAAUAAGAGAAAAAAUAAGUCAAAACAAAAUAAAGACAAUGACCAGAUUGAAUCUGCAAGCAAUAAAAACUCAGUUUCUGCUGAAACUGAAUCUAUUGAUGUUAAGAUAUCAGAAAGUAAUGAAAUAAAUACAAGUAUAUCUUUACCCAGUCAGAGUCCUAAAAAGAAGAGUAAGAAAUCCCAAAACAAUUUAGAAGAAGCAGAUAAUUCAGAGGAAACGAAAUUAACAGAAGGUGAGAAAACCAACACAGGUACAUCCUCUGUGUCUGUUCAGAACAAGAAAAAGAAGAAUAGAAAAAAGAACAAAUCAAAACUCAAUCAAAUUAAUGAUGAACUUGAAUCAACUAAUGUAAAUGUAGAUGCAGCUAAUGAAAAUGAAAUAGAAAAUGAAGUUGACACAAAUACAUCUACAGAAAAGAAGACUUCUAAAAAGAAGAAUAAAAAAAAGAAAUCAGAACAAAAUGAAAGUGAUGGACAAAUGAAUACAAACGAUAAUGAUAACAUCAUAGUCAAUCCAAAUGCAAUAACUAAAGAAGACACAGAUUCGGAACAUGAUUCUGAUGAUGAGAUAGAAUCAGAGAAUGAAGAGAUUAACAAGGAAGCUCUGGACACUGGUCCAGCAGACGACAGUUCUGAUGAGGAAACAGAAGAACCAAAAAAGAAAACAGUCAAAAAGCCUGAACAGACUUCUGUAAAUGAGGAGUCCAGGGACCUUGAAGAGGAAACCAAGAGGACUCUGUUUGUAGGCAAUGUUCCCUUCAGCACUAAAUGUAAGAAGGAGAUGAAGAAGAUUUUCAAGAAAUAUGGAGAGAUUGAAUCUGUGAGAAUCCGAUCAGUACCUGUCAAAGAUGCCCGACACACUCCCAAGUUGGCUGUAAUCAAGAAUGAGCUGCACCCUGAUAGAUCAUCUGUCAAUGUUUACGUCAAAUUUGCAGACGCUGAUUCUGUGCAGAAGGCGUUGGUGGAGAACAACACAAAGCUGGACGGGCACCACCUGCGCGUGCAGCCGAGCGACACGACAGGCGCGUCGCACGACGCGCGCUGCGCCGUGUUCGUGGGCAACCUGCCCUUCGCGCUGGAGGACGACGCGCUGCGGGAGCGCUUCAGCUCGUGCGGCGACAUCGACUCCGUGCGCAUCGUCAGGGACAAGAAGACUUGCGUCGGCAAGGGUUUUGGCUACGUUAACUUCAAAUCCAAAGAUGCCGUCGAACUUGCCUUGGCAUUGACUGAAGAAGAUUUGACAAUAAAAAACCGAAUCUUACGUGUAAAAAGAUGCACACAGCAAACCCAAAAUCAAAAAGGCAAGAAGGAAAAGUUCAACAAGCAUAACCAGGUAAACAAGCAAGAAUCUGGACAGUUUGGCAAAGGAAAAUUCGGUGGAAGGCAAAACGACAGGUUUGGGAAUAGAGAAAACUUUAGGAGGCAAGGAAAUCAAGGCAAUACAGGAAACUUUAGAGGAAAAUCUGGUGACAGACAGAGUAAUGAUGAGUUCGGCAAAGGAAAAUUUGGUGGAAGGCAAAACGACAGGUUUGGGAAUAGGCAGAACUUCAGGAGGCAAGAAAAUCAAGGCAACACAGGAAACUUUGGUAGAGGGAAAUUUGGUGAAAGACAGGGUGAUGAUAAGAAUACCGGAGCCUAUAGAAGAAUUAUGAAUAAAAGGCAGAAUCAGGACGCGGGAGAAGGGCCCCCCAAUAAGAAACCAAACAUGGACCAACCACCCAGAGAGAAGAAAGAGAGGAAAGAGUUUGUCGGCAUGACGGCAGAGAAGAAAAAAAAAAACAAAUUCAACAAGGGAUUAAAGAAAAAGAAAGCACUCAGUGAAAUUUUGACGAAAUAAUAAUUAAUAGUUUUGGCAUUAUUCUUAAGAUGUUUUUAAGUGUAAUUUUAUUACAAUGAAAUAAAUGUUGUUAGUUUUAA